GCCGCUUAGAAGCAGAUGACUUUUGAGCAAGUCGUGGCAGAACCGAUACAGCGCGGAUCGAUUACAGUCGCCUACCGGUUGCUCCGUCGUCAGUCGCCUUCUCUGCCGAACGCCGCCCAUCCUCCCUGCGAAGCAUCAUGCGGCGAACCAUCAGCUGGAAGCCUGUGGGAGCACACGCCAGGGGACGGCGCCGCCAAGAAGGCCUCAAUGAAUGGCCACGCGAACGUCUCGGAUGGUGGUUGCGGCCCAGGAGUCUCGAGCUUCGCCACCAAUGGUGGUGGCACACACAAAAGAAGAAACCGUGACACCAAGAUGCCUGCACCCGACGGUGGACUCAGCUGGAUGGUUGCCGUGGUCUGCUUCCUCGUCAACAUGAUAUCGUGCAGUUACGCCCGCUGCAUGGGACUCUUCUUCAGCGCCUUCAUGUCUACAUUUGGAGUGUCUCGGGCAGAAGCUUCACUGCCACUGUCGGUGUACACUGGAUUUAUGUUCUUGUCUGGCUUGAUUUCCGGCAUCUUGAUUCAAGCCUGUGGAACACGGAAGGCCGCCACCAUAGGAGGCAUCCUCAUUACCGUGGGUCUGUCCGUGUCCUUCUUCGCCGAAGGAGUAACCGUCCUAGCCGUCACCGCCGGCUUUUUAUCUGGCUCCGGUCACGGAAUAAUCCUCAACAGCAGCGUAGUGUGCGUGAGCCGACACUUCGACAGGCGACGAGGAACAGCAUUAGGCCUAAACAUGGCCGGAGCUACCAUUGCGUCUCUGGUCUUCCCGAAAGUGUACGAGUACUUGCUCGCCGAGUACGGACUUCGCGGCACCCUUCUUAUCAUCGGCGCGUCGAUGGGGAAUGUAGUGCCACUUGCAAUGAUCAUGAACGCUCCUCCAUGGGAGGUGGCAGACCAUGCGAAAAACGCCGUCGUCCGAGACGUCACCGACACCUGCCUGACACAGUACGAUGCUCCAACAGCAAGCUGCCCAAACGAGGGUCAGGACAAGCUCUACCUUGAAAUCGAACAGCCGCCCCUCACGUCACUGCACAGUGGAAAGCCGACUCCGAUCAGCGUAAUAAAUUGCGGAGAAGGCAUUUACAGAAGGGGAACCAUCAUCAGCCUGAGUGAAAAGUCAAGCGUCAUCGGAAGCCGGAGAGGAACCGCCGCAAACAUGGGCGGGGACGCGAAGAUGAUGUCCCGGCGCAGUACGCUCUUGUCUAGUCAGCUUUCGACUACGUCCAGGCGAGGGACUUUCGCAAGUUGCGCGGAAGCGGACGCCAUGGUGUCAGACGUCGCGCCGGACUUGAACGACCUACGCGCCAGGAGAGGUACCAUGCUCAGCGUCGCUGGAUCAAUGUACGCAAGCAACAAGGUUUCGAGACGUUCCAUCGCGGCAGAUGCAACGCAGACGCGCAGAGGCACGAUCGUCAGCAUCAGCAGCUCGUGCCGACUCGAAGCCUCGCCCGUGCGCAGUGAAUCCCGAAGCCUCGGGUUUCCCACGACUCGGGAAGAGGAGCCCAGCCCGCCUUCGCUGCUGCGGAAUGUGAUGGAAGUGCUAAAGAAUCCACGGUUCUACUUCCAUGCACUGAGCUACGUGUCGUGGGGCUUCUUUGUUGACUGUUUCCUUACGGUGGUGUUUGACUUUGCGAAAGACGCCGGCGUAGCCCGUUCCGACACUGUGUACGCGCUGACUUUCUUCUCAGCCACGGACACUGUGGGUCGGCUGUUUGUUCCCUUCUUGAGCGACUAUGGGCUGAUUUCGAACUGCUGCCUGCUCACCAUCGCCUACUUGACGCUAGGUCUUCUGCAGCAGGCGGCGCCUUACGUACGCGGAAAACAAGGCGUCUGGGCCCUUGCGGGGGCCUUUGGUCUGCCGGCUGGUUACAUUAUGGUUGGCGCCUCGCAGAUCCUCUCCGCUGAAAUCGGCUCGAAGAAUCUCCCAAUCGCUUUCGGCUUUAUGAGCACGGCCACAGCUACGGGAUCCUUUGUGAGGCCACUCGUCAUAGGGUUCUUCCGGGACAACUACGGCAGCUACAAAGGCCUGUUCAGGCUUAUUGGUGGCAUGCUUGCUGUCUCCUUCGUGUUCACACUUGGCCUUUGGAUCACCGGUCGCUCCAGGGAGCGAAAAGUAGCCAACGUGAUCCCAGACGCUUCCGUAUUCAUCCACGACCCGAUGCCAACCAUCAAAGAGGAGGACACCGUCCUGUGAAGAUUUACUUGAAGAGCAGUGCUAGAUUGUGCUCUCUUUGUUCUAUUGAGACAGUGCAAACGGCGAGAGCGUGGCCAGUGAACGCCAGGAGGAGUACCAAUUCUACAGUUUAUAGCAAUUUCCAGGGCAGAAAACAAAUGUGAACAGAGUGCUGCAACACAAGGCACCAUGCAGCGUUCACUAUCAACAAUGCAGUUUACACUGGUUUACUGCACAACCAAAUACUUAGGACAAAAACUGAAGUGCUCUUCGAGCUAUACUUGAGUGAAAUACAUGCAUAAGUAUAGGAGGUGUCGCUCUUUUUGUCCCUAUACAUAUGACUUGCUCGUGUUUUCCCCCCGUACUUGUCGUGGAGAUCGUCUGUGUUACGUCUACUCAUCGAGAUUUCUCCCUAAGCACCAUAAUGAGUGAUCCCUAGGUGUGGCGCAUGCUCCAUGCUCAAGUGCCACGGUAGUCACACCCUGUUAACGACAAAGCUGUCUUUUGAAUUAUAUUUGUGAUUUGCUGAAGAGUGAACACUUAUAAAUGCGUUUUGCAUGCGUGCUGUGAACAUUUUUUACUGCGCGACACAGUUAUAAUGUAAGUAUAAAGAUAUCAGCUGUAACAUCGCGGCUACUUUUGACCUCAGGCUCGAAGCUGCCGAAACGCACUUAGAAUAGCAAAAAUGUUCGCGAAUUUAUGUAGCUUUAGGAGAAUUCCGGUACAACACAUCCCACGAUGACUGUUCAAGGUAAUGCGUUGAAAAUGUAUCAAUACAGCGACGAAACCUUCUGCCACCGUCGAAACGACUUUUCUAUUGCUCCGAAUGUUCUUAGGGAAACUCGAAAGAGUAGUCCCGUUCCAGUAAACGGCUCAUACAAACCGCGUGUCCAUAAUAGCAACACGUUCUGUCCAGGGGCUUAGUGAGGAAG